AUGAGCGCGCACCAGCUCACAGGGCUUGACUUUUCCGCAACGGCAAUUACGGCGGCGCGGGACCUUGCUGCUCAAACAGCUGGUAGUGGCGGUGAGAAGCUCAAAUUUGUCGAGGCUUCUUUAUUUGGCGCUUCAGACAUCUUACCGCCGGGUAUCUUCGAUCCUGUCUACAUCAACAUUGGCUCCUUGUGCUUCAUGCCGAAAAUCAAAGACUGGGCCAAGAUUGUUACUGGUCUUUUAAAGCCAGGCGGGCGGGUACUUCUCCACGAGUUCCAUCCAGUGCUGUGGUCUCUAGACAGGAAAAGCCCACAGGAUUUAGUCAUUAGCACUCCGUAUUUUGAGCGCGACGUACCCACUAUUCUCGAGGCGCCAAAGUCCUAUGCCGACUUAACGUCCCAGGACUUUGCGCUGACCAAGUUUGCCGUGUACAACCAUGGAAUCGGCGAGGUCAUACAAGCGCUGCUGGAGGAGGGAAUGAAGCUCACUUUACUGAAAGAACACCAGAGUGCACCAUUAUUAGGUAUGCUAAGACAGCUCAUGGUAAAGGAUAAGGGAGAAUACUCUCUGGAGGACCGGCCGUGGCGCCUACCUCUUUCCUACACGAUACAUGCUAUAAAGGAGUAA